GUGCAUCGGCGGCGGUUUGACCUACCUCCCCGGCCGGUGGCUAUUCUGCUAGGUUCAUACUACUGCAUGGGAGGUUGAUGCGAAUUGAGGUGCUUCCACAUUGGAAGGGUUCCGACAAGAACAAGCUAGGUUCAUACUACUACAUGGGAAGUUGAUGUGAUUUGUGACGUGUCCACAUCAGAAGGGUUCCAUUCCAACAAGAACAAGAUAAUGGCAACCGUCACCGCGUUCUUACCGCAGGACGUCCUAGUCAGCAUCCUGCUCCGCCUCCCUGGGAGCGACCUCCGGCGCCUCCGCCGCGUCUGCAAACAGUGGAGGGACAUCAUCUCCGACACCAAAUUCAUCCACGCUCACAUGGUCCAGAAGCCACGGCUGCCCCCGACCCACACCAUUGUCUUCUUUCCGGGAUGCGCCUAUGGCAGCUGCAAAGAUCUACCAAACGGCAGGGGCUUCCUCUUCGACGAGCACGGGCAGCUCACGGCCGAGCUCGCAGUUGGCAGGUGGGAUAAGCUGAUAGGCACUUGCAACGGCCUGCUCUGCUUCCUGGAAUCUGGUCAGGGCUCCAUCAAAAUUGUAGAGCCAUUUACUAGCGAGUCGCUCGUGGUGCCACAACCACCAGAGGUGUCGGGGCCAAGGUGGACAGUCAACCCUGCAGCUUACUGCUUUGGUUUCGAUGCUAUGUCCUGGCGAUACAAGAUCGUACACCAUGGCUACCUCGAAGACAGCAGCCCGCGAGAGGGAGAGUCCGUUGAUGACGAAGAACUGCACGUGUACACGGUGGGGACAUGCAAGGGCUGGACGAGGGUGCACGUGGCCCACAAGGUAUACGGAGAGGCAUACGGUGACCCUUCGUGCGUGGAUGGGGCUGUGUACUGGCCCACGAGAAGUGGUCAUGGGAAGCGUGGCACAUACGAGAAGCUUGUGCGCUUUGAUCUGGCGACGGAGAAGGUCACACUGGAGGCGGCCGUGCGCUUGCGGCUGGAUGUCCCAAGGUCAGAGAUGGCAGACUACUGCAGGCUGGUGGACUCAACGCCUUGCGUGGUGACCUACGGCCGACACUGCGAGUGGGACGUGUGGUUUCCUGAAGCUGAAGAGGGAGGUGUCGGCUGCUUCCCAGGGGCAUGGGUAUUGUUGAGCGACUGGACUGAUGGGGGACUGUACCUUCGCAGCAUGAAAAGGAGCCUGGAAUUUGGCCCGAGGAAAGUGCUGUUUGAGGCGAGCAAGGGUAAGCCGCCUGCCUACAGCUACAAUGGUCGAGUGUCGUUCGUCCCGGCUCACCGUCGCCAGCAGCUCCCAAUAGCAGGAGGUCCGCAGAGGCCGAGCGAACAAUAUUCUGGAAACACGUUUGGGUACACCCCCACAGUGUCUGCUGCUCCAUUAGCACUCUACUUGGGCACGGCUAGUCCUUAGCCAUUGCUCCGACCAUUGUCCCAUGUUCCACUGCAAUGAACUACGGCAACAUUAUAUCAUGUCUAGGAACGUUCUGUGAUAACUACUAGGUUGAACUGCUAAAACAUGCUA